AAUUGUCAUAUGAAGAGAAAUCACAAAUGUAUCGGUGCUCAUUGGUCAAAGAUUACAGCAAGUUAGAAAUCGCAAAUUCAACAAUGAGUUGUUUGCAAGGAAUCGGUGGCUAACUCAAAGCAACCAGUAGCCUGCUAUUCAAUGGCGUGGCUGUCUUUAUUUUGAGUUCCCACCAUGGCAUUCUCUGGAUUUUGACUUUGACAAAGGACUGCCGCGCCACCUUCAUGUUUAAGUGAGCACAAGCCAAGCGCUAACCUGGAGGCCCUACAGAAGAAGCUGGAAGAGAUGGAUCUAGAUGAGCAGCAGAAGAAGCGCUUGGAGGCUUUCCUGACCCAGAAAGCCAAAGUGCGCGAGCUGAAAGACGAUGACUUCCACCACAUCUGUGAGCUGGGCGCUGGCAACGGAGGUGUGGUCAACAAGGUGUGCCACAAACCCUCAGGCCUGGUCAUGGCCAGAAAGCUGAUCCAUCUGGAGAUCAAGCCAGCCAUCAGAAACCAGAUCAUCAGAGAGCUACAGUUGCUACAUGAGUGUAACUCGCCCUACAUCGUUAGUUUCUACGGGGCCUUCUACAGCGACGAAGAAAUUAGCAUCUGCAUGGAACACAUGGAUGGGGGCUCCCUGGACCAGGUGCUGAAGGAGGCCAAGAGGAUCCCUGAGGAGAUCCUAGGGAAAGUCAGCAUCGCUGUUCUCAGAGGUUUAGCCUAUCUACGAGAAGAACAUCAGAUCAUGCACAGAGAUGUGAAGCCCUCUAACAUCCUGGUGAACUCUUGUGGGGAGAUCAAGCUGUGUGACUUUGGCGUGAGUGGACAGCUCAUAGACUCCAUGGCCAACUCCUUCGUGGGAACACGCUCCUACAUGUCGCCGGAGCGAUUGCAGGGCACCCACUUCUCUGUUCAGUCUGACGUGUGGAGCAUGGGCCUGUCUCUGGUGGAGCUGUCUAUCGGCCGGUACCCCAUCCCCCCUCCUGACACCAAGGAGCUUGAGAUCAUCUUCGGACAGCCCAUGGAUGGGGCUGAGGGAGACAUGCACAGCAGCACCUCACCCAGAUCCCCUGGGGGCAGACAUGCUAGCAGCCAUGGUCCUGAGAUGGCCAUCUUUGAGCUGCUGGACUACAUUGUCAACGAGCCUCCCCCCGAACUGCCCCAUGGCGUAUUCACUUCUGAUUUCCAUGACUUUGUGACUAGAUGUCUCAUCAAGAACCCAACAGACCGGGCUGACGUGAAGAUGCUGAUGAACCACACGUUUAUCAAGCGCUCUGAGGUAGAGGUGGUGGACUUUGCUGGCUGGCUCUGUAAAAUCAUGGCACUGAACCAACCCAGCACUCCCCCAUGCACUGCAGACUAGACACACAUGCAGUGGCCUGUGGACACGCAUGCAGCCUCAACAAGCACAUGUAUACAAACGUACUUUCCUUGUCAGCGACCUAUCCUCUCGGGUGAUCCUGGUAUGAACUGGCCCUAGUCACUCGCCUCUGUCAGAAACAAGCCCACAGUUACAACCUCAAUCAACAUUGCUUCAAUGGUGUGUUUAGGGCAACCCCUCACGCUGUCAGAUUCCCCUAUCAGACCGUCAAAGCGGUCUGGCUGUUGUAGUCUGCAGUAUCAAGUGUGGCAUCAGGGAGCUUCAUUACCCUGGAUGAGCAGACCUAAGGUGUAAAAUAUGCCUGGUCAGAGGUAGAGGCUUUAGAUGUAUACACUCAUGCAGUGAACUCUUAACUCAAUCUUCAGUUGGCACCAAAAGUUUUGGUUUUGACAUUUAUCUACAGUGCCUUCAGAAAAUAUUCACAUCCCUGGACUUUGUCCACAUUUUGUUACAGCCUGAAUUUAAAAUGGAUUAAGUUGAGAUUGUCACUGAUCUACACAAUGCCCCAUAAUGUCAUUGGAAUUGUUUCUCAAUGUUUACAAAAUG